AGCGCGAGAAGGCGAGACAAAGAAAGAAAGAAAAGAGAUGCCUUUUUUUCCCCUUCUCUGCUCCAUAUCUUUCCUCUCUCUUCGCCUCACUCUGACCUAAAAAUUUCCUAGAGAGAGAAUGUCCACAACCUUUCCCAUUUUACCCCCACCAAUCUCUCCAAUUGACAUCCCCGUCCCUCGCCCCCAACUUUCUUCUCCCACUUGAUUCAUCUCUCCUUCCCCGACAGACUUGGAGAGCCGGUCAAUUCUUGGCACGCUCUCCGAUUUUCUUUUUUCUUUUUUAAUUUCAUUUUCCCAAGAAUCUUUUGGGGGUUAGGGUUCCGUUUUGAUCGUUUGAUUGCCUAAUUGAAUUUGCUAUGGAGCCUCGAGUUGGUGGCAAGUUUCGCCUCGGUCGGAAGAUCGGUAGCGGAUCGUUCGGAGAGAUCUAUCUUGGUACUAAUGUUCAGACAAACGAGGAGGUUGCGAUUAAGCUUGAAAACGUCAAGACAAAACAUCCCCAAUUGCUCUAUGAAUCAAAGUUGUACAAAAUAUUGCAGGGAGGAACUGGAAUUCCAAAUGUGAGAUGGUUUGGCACUGAAGGAGAUUAUAAUGUUCUUGUUAUGGAUUUACUGGGACCUAGUCUCGAGGAUUUAUUCAACUUCUGCAGUAGGAAAUUGUCCCUGAAGACUGUUCUCAUGCUUGCAGAUCAGAUGGUGAUCAACCGAGUGGAGUUUGUUCAUUCAAAAUCAUUCCUACAUCGAGAUAUCAAGCCGGACAAUUUCCUCAUGGGUUUAGGAAGGCGGGCAAAUCAGGUUUACAUCAUUGACUUUGGUCUCGCUAAGAAGUAUAGAGAUGCUUCAACUCAUCAACAUAUUCCUUACAGGGAGAAUAAGAACUUGACAGGAACUGCCAGAUAUGCUAGUAUGAAUACUCACCUCGGCAUUGAGCAAAGCCGCAGGGAUGACUUAGAAUCACUUGGCUAUGUCCUUAUGUAUUUUUUAAGAGGAAGUCUUCCUUGGCAGGGACUGAAAGCAGGAACCAAGAAACAGAAGUAUGAGAAGAUCAGUGAAAAGAAAGUAUCAACUUCCAUUGAGGCCCUGUGCCGUGGUUAUCCUACAGAAUUUGCAUCGUACUUCCAUUACUGUAGGUCUCUACGGUUUGAUGAUAAACCAGACUAUGCUUAUCUGAAGAGGCUCUUACGUGACCUUUUCAUUCGUGAAGGUUUUCAGUUUGAUUAUGUGUUUGAUUGGACUAUCUUGAAAUACCAGCAAUCCCAAAUUGCUACUCCACCUACUCGUGCUCUUGGUCCUGGUGCUGGACCGAGUUCUGGCAUACCUCCAGUUGUUGCAAACGCUGAUAGACAUGCUGGUGAAGAUGGUAGGCCCACAGGUUGGUCACCUGCAGACCCCUCUCGUAGGAGAAAUUCGGGGCCUCUUAUAAAUUCUGGAAGCUUGUCUAAACAAAAAAGUCCAGUUGCAAAUGAUCCAGUUGUUUCAAAAGAUACUAUGUUAACGAGCUCAAAUUUCGUGCGUUCAACUGGGUCAUCUAGGCGGCCUGCCGUAUCUAGCAGUCGUGAUCCACUGAUGGUUAGCAGUGAAUCUGAUUUAUCUCGCCCUCAAAACACAGACGCCAGCCCAGGAACACUACGUAAAAUUUCUAGUGGCCAGAGAAGCUCACCCAUAGUUUCUUCAGAACACAAUCGCACAUCUUCCUCUAGAAACAUUUCAAACAUAAAAAACCUAGAGUCCACUCUUCGGGGUAUCGAGAGCCUGCAUUUCAACAAUGAUGAGAGAGUGCAGUAUUAGCAGCAGUCGCUCUCCAAACUCACCACCUGUAAAUUUUAAAAAAUGGUAUACAUCCAUCACGUACUUGGUGUUGAAUUUGUUUUCCGCGUAUUAUGUGUGUGGAGAGCUUCAAUGCCUGGGUUUAUCACUGUAAGAAGGAAAUAAAAAAAGAGAUCCAGAAGUGGAAGUGUCCCAGGUAAAAAGGCUUUUGUCAAUACAAUUUGAGUUAUAUUCAACCUAUUUUCACUUUCUUAUUACCGUUGUACUAGUUAAGUUCAUUUUAUAAUAUAUGUCCACGCCUUCAUCGAACAUCAUAAACUACGUUUGUGGGUGAAACACAAAUAGACAAUGUAAACUGUAAGUAAAUCAAUGUUUC